AUGAUUCUUAUUUCCAUCAGUUUUUUUUUUAAAAAGAAAAAAGAACAAAAAGAACCUCAAGUAGAAGAACAAGGCGAUAGAAAACAAAACAACAGUAAACAACAACUAUCAAUUCAACAUGAGAAACGCUUCAAAUCGAACUUCAACCUUCUCACGUUAACUCAAUCUCAACCGCUAUGUCCGUGUCUGCUUGAUUUUAGGUUCGAAUCUCCGUUCGAUCUGGUUGUGUCGUCGGCGACAUACCCUCCGCCAUUUCAGGUGGGGUGUAUUGAGGUGCCACUCAUGGCUUUGUAG